UCCGUUUACAGCCAGCAGCAGGAAUCCAGCGCCAACCAGGGCACCGGCUCGUGGCUGGAGGGCAUGAACUCGCCUCUCAUCCAGCAAGAGGGGGACUGCAAACAACUCAAGCUAAGAUUUGACGUCAGCCAGUACAAGCCCGAGGAGAUUGUUGUCAAGACCGUUGAUAAUAAGCUUCUGGUCCACGCCAAGCACGAGGAGAAAUCUGACAACCGCUCCGUCUACCGCGAGUACAACAGAGAGUUCCUGCUUCCCAAGGGCACCAACCCCGAGCUCAUCAAGUCCUCGCUCUCCAAAGACGGUGUCCUGACGGUGGAAGCUCCCCUGCCGGCCAUAGCUGGGAACGAAGAGAAGGUCAUCCCCAUCGCACAGAACUGAUUGACUGGUUUUCCUGUCUUUUGUCGUUUUCGAAUUUUCGUUUUUGGAAGGAAGGAAGCCGCGUAUAACAGGGUUGGAGGAAUCGUCUCGCCAGCAUCAAUGUGUUUUUUGUUUUUUUUUCAUGUAUAAAAUCGAUAGAGUAAAAAUUGUGUUUAUUGUAUGAAGAAAGGGAAAGUAAAAGCAAAGUCUUUUUUUUUUUUGAUAAAUAAUAAAUGUGAUUUUCUUAUGUGUGAAACACCUUUAUUAUGCCUUUGAAAUUGCAUGGGAAAUAUUUUCUUUCUAAGGUGUUAUUUCAAAUAGAUUAAAAUAUAAAAUUAUGUCCAUGAUCAUAUGUUAAAUGUACAACUGCCAGUAAUUUAGACAAUAAGGUAAUAUGUUUGUUUUGAUAGGCAAUGCACCAAUUCCAAGGAUAUUAUAAGAUAUGAAAUCAUUCUUUGUUGAUUAAAAUUUUAGAUGUCUAUUAUUUGUUUUUCAAAAAAGAAGCCUGUUAUGUGCAUAACGUUAGCAAUUUUCCAGACUUUGAUAUAUAUUAAGGAAUUAGUUUUUAUCUUAGUGGUAUACUGGCUAAAAAAAAACAUUUUUAUGAUUAGGUUCUGCAAAAGAAAUAUAGAUUUUUCUCUUUCAUACACAUCUCUGAUAGUAACAUUUGGUUUUCAGGCUUUGAAAACUUUCUCUGGAAAUUGUUUAUUUUUAAUACAAACUUAUACACAUAACUUUAACAAAUAAAAUGAAAGGAACAUAA